AUGGCCAUACUCUUUGACGAUAACCCAACUCCCAACCACGAACAAUGUUACUCGACCAAGAGCAAGCGAGCGACUGUGGAGUUCCCUUCGCCACGAGACCAGUCCGCUGCCAUACCGUCAAGCAAACUCAACAAAAGAGGGCAGCCAAGCAAUCCCAAAGACAACUUUGGCUCUAUGCGCCUGAGACCAAACGAUGCACUUCGCUACGGCGCCGAUCUGUUUGUUGAAGAGAGAUUUGAUCAACGUCUUGGUGAGAUUAACUGCGAUAACGGACGAUGCAACUCAUGUCUUGAUUGCACCUCUGAGGACGACAGGGAUGAAGAAGAUUGGCCUGGUCCCAAUGCAAUCUUGAAACGGGACCAGAUGGAAGGUGACGCCCUCCCCGAGAAAACCGAGAAAAAAGUUGGGGGUGAGUCUGUUGAUCACUUGAACGAUUUGCACGCUCGUGCAGGUGUCGUGAAAGAUGCCUGGAAGGAUGUCUAUGUUUGUGGCAAGCUGUAUGAAGCCCCCAACAAGAGGGGUUCGCCUCAAUACAAGUUCCCGCAGUUCCCCAAGGAUGUGAUGAAGGUAUGGGACGGAGUGGAUGGCGGUAUUUACGACUCGAUUUCUCGCUACUGGGGAAACAGCUCAGCCGACUGUGUUGGCUGGAGUAUCGGGGCUAAACGUACUCGCGAUCAGACCCAUGUGGGCAACGGCGUUUUCCUUCCAUCGGCUUAUCAAACGGAGCAUGUUUACGAGGGACAGAACCUAGGUCAAUUCUUUACCGAGUGGCUCACUCGUGGCCAGAUUCAAAGGCAAAGUCCAUCUCCAGGAACUACAACAGGGAAGGUCGACUGUGACUGGGUCGAGGAUUGGAUCAUGAACGUGGAUAGUGUCGACUUUCCUUGGACCAAUCCUUCGAAUCCAGGGGAGGCAUAUCCCCUGUUCGGCACACUCUAUACUGAGCUCGGCAACAACCAUCACAAGGACCGUCUCGCAAUCUUGCAGGAGAGACUGAACCGAAAGAAGGAGAAUAUCUUCGACCUAGCCAACUCCUACUCCCCAGGAGUGUACACUGGUCUGAGUACUGACGAGCAGUGGAUGACUGUUAAGGAGAUCGGCCUCACGUUCAGCUACAUGAACGACGAUACCAUCUGGGGCAUGUGGUGUGAUACUUUCAAGGGUGUUUAUGACCGGCUAGAUCGCUUUGACAAAUGGUAUACAGUCGUCAAGGGCCCCGAUGAUCCAGAUGUCACUCUAGCUGAAGAGUGGGCCAAGUACAAUCGCAUAGUCCUCGACUCUGCUGUCAGGAUCUACCGUGCAGGAUGGGACUGGACAUACGAAAAGAGACGUACCAACAGCGUGGCGUUUUUGUUGACGCCAGAAGAGGGUAAGUGGAGAUUAAUACGCACUCUGAACAGCAAGACGAACGUCUUUCAUCUGAAGAAGCUUUGCACCAAUCUCCCUCCCACAACUAUCGUUUAG